AUGGGCCCUGCAAAUAACACUUUGGUGACUGAAUUCAUUCUGGUGGGGUUAACAGACCAGCCUAACCUUCAAGUACCACUGUUCUUUCUGUUUCUAUCGAUGUAUAUGGUCACUUCCUUGGGAAAUUCCGGCUUGAUAAUUAUCAUUGUGCUGAAUUCACACCUUCACACCCCCAUGUACUUUUUCCUCUUUAACUUGGCCUUCAUAGACCUCUGUUAUUCUUCUAUGGUUACACCCAAAAUGCUGAUGAACUUCAUAUUAAGCAAGAAUGUUAUCUGUUAUAUGGGAUGUAUGACUCAGCUCUACUUUUUUUGUUUUUUUAUCAUUUCUGAGUCCUAUGUGUUAAUGUCAAUGGCCUAUGAUUGCUAUGUAGCCAUCUGCAAUCCACUUUUGUAUAACACUGCCAUGUCCCCUAAGGUGUGUUCCUACCUUAUCGUUGGUUCCUACUUGAUUGCAUUUUCUGAUGCCAUGAUCCACACUGGAUGUGUCCUGAGACUGACCUUCCGUGAUGGAAACACCAUCAACCACUAUUCCUGUGAUGUCCUCCCUUUGCUCCAGCUCUCCUGCACCAGUACCUAUGUUAAUGAGGUAGAGAUUUUCCUUGUAGGGGGGAAAGAUAUCACUGUACCAACUCUCAUCAUCUUUACCUCACAUGGUUUCAUUCUUUCUAGCAUGUUCAAAAUAAGGUCCACUGAGGGCAGGUCCCAAGCCUUCAACACCUGUAGUUCCCAUAUAAUUGCUGUUUCUUUGUUUUUUGGAUCAGGUGCAUUUAUGUAUCUCAAGCCCUCCUCAGUUGGGUCUAUGGAUGAGGGAAAAAUCUCUUCUGUCUUUUACACAAUUGUUGUUCCUAUGAUGAACCCCUUAAUCUAUAGUUUGAGAAACAAAGAUGUUAAAGUUGCCCUGAAACAAACCAUAAGCAUGAGAAAGUUUUGA